AUGACUUCUACCUACCAGGAUCCACGAAUAACUGCACUAAUUACAGAACAUUUGGGCUAUGCACCGCUCAAAGUCAUUGAUGAGGUCAUUAACGCCAUGAAUAGUAUCACUAUUAAAGGGAUCGAAGCAUUUGAGAAAUUCCUCUUGGAUCUCCAUUCGGAAAACAAGAUUCCUCAAAGUAUUAGUAAAGACGAUAUUUACAAGGGUACAUCAAAGCUUGAAUUGCUUUUGCAGAAUAACAUUGAUGUUAGUUUUGAUAAGUACGAGCUAUACUGCUUGCGAAAUAUAUUCUCUAUACCGCCAGAUUUGGUUCAAGGUGGAUGGAUUAGACUCAAGCAUCUUGAGAAUGUGGAUUUCACCAAUGUCAAGAAUUCGCAUAUUGUCAAAUGGGAAUAUGAUCAGCAGAUAGUGAAUAUCUAUGCCAGGAUCGAGGAAGAAUUAUUAACGAGAAAAGUAAUUAAAUUGCAAAUGAUUAAAGCCGAGAAGAUCAUUGAGAACUUGAAAUAUAUCAAGAAAAAUUUACUACCACUAACAACUCUAACAAACCAACAGUGGAAGCUUUCUGAUCUGGUGGUUGAUAAAAAGAUUGAUGAUAAGCAAAGUGAAUUGAGCGAGGGGGAAAAAGAAACUGAGAAAGAUUUUGAAAAUGAAAUACUAGAGAAGGAGAGGCUAGCGUAUGAGAAAGCAGCACCAUUAAGAGAAUUAUACAAUAGUCUACAGCCUAUUGAACAAACGUUGGCUGUUUUGCAAAACGAAUUGAAUGAAACAAUUGAUAGUGUGGCCAACUUGAGCAAACGACUAGACGAUGAUGUAACGAAACAGAAAAUUGUGAUGCGGCCCAGUUCAAGAGAUAAGUUUAUUGAGAAUCGAAGUAGGCGAAUAAUGCAGCGAUUGAACUUGGUGGAUGGACUAAUUAACACUACCACUACUACUACUACUACUACUACUAACGUUGCUGGUGCUGGUGCUGGUGCUGGUGCUGGAAAUGGCGAGAAGAGUUAUGGUAGUGGUAGUGGUAGUCGCCAUGGUAUCGACGCUAAUACCACAGGUAGUACUGCCAAAAGACUAGUAUUGCAAAACGAUGUGGGACUGGAUAUGGAUAUAGACUCAGAUAUAAUUAUGGAAGAAGAAACUACAACAGGUGGUGUUGCAAAGGAAUCAAGUGAUGGGAAGGCUCUUGCCAAUCUAAGGGAUAUUGCGAAAGCUAUGUAA